AAUAUUUAUAAAAUUAAUUAAAAAAAAAAAAACUAUUAAAAAGAGAACAACAAUUUGUUUCAUUGUUAUAAAAAAGUGUUCUUAUAAAUUUACAUACUAUAUAUACAUAUAUAUAUUUUUUUUUAUUUUUUUUUUUGACAACUGCCAAGAUUUGUAUAUUUUUUUUUUAAUUUGUUUCUUUUUUUCUUACGAAAAAAUGAUACUUUGUUAAAAUAAAAAAAAUAGAUAAAUUAAAAAUUAAAAAAAAAUUGUAAAAGAUCGAAAAAAAAAAGUACGUUGGUUUUACAGAAAUAAAUCUAUCUAUAUAUAUAUAUAUAUUCAUAUAUGUAUGUAAUGCUAUAUUUGUUAAACCAGUUUUGUCUUCUAACGAAAAAAAUGUCAACGCAGGAAAGUUUUAUAAAAUAAUAUUAGUAGUUAUGUACAUUUUAUUAUUUAAAACAAACCAGCGCUCUUUUAUACAGUUCAAAAUAUAACAGAUUGAAUUGAAGCAUAUUAACAACUGUAUAUAGAGAGUGGCAGAACAUAUUAUUUAUAGUGUUAAUAUAUACUUUUUUUCUGUUCUUUACUGCAUCUUUCCCCUAUAAUUUUUGUUACAUUUUCUUCUUCAUUCACAAUGAAUAUUAAAAUUAAGAAAAUGUAUAUAGAUAAAGAACACUGUAGAUCAUAACAUAAAACUAUAUUAUAAACUAUAGUUCGUUUUUUAUUAAUUUACAAAAUACAUAUAUUUCUUAUUAUAUAAAAUAUAUAUGUUAUACAUGAAAAAACUGAACGAAAUAAAGGAGUAAUAUGAAGGGACCUAAAGCAAGAAGAUCACCCUCUCGUUCAAGCAUAGCAAAAAAAAAUAAGGACUAUACAUUGUCAAAUACUAGCAGAAAACCAGUUUCAUCAUGUAUAUACGUUAUCUUAUUCCUCUUGACCUAUGUGGUUCUUCCCCUGUCGGAAUGCUCUGAAUUUCCUCGUGAUCAUAGAGCGAACCAUGACCACCGUGAUAGAUUCAAAGUGGAAGAGCCCAGGGAUGAAUCCCGCUCACUAGCAGAAGUACCCAAAUAUAGAGAUAAUAGUACAUGGCUUCUUUUUGUAAAACAGUUCGAGCAAGAUUGGCGAGAUUUCAAUACGGACUUGACAAGCAAAAGGGACCAAUGGUUUGAACAAAAAAAUGUCGAAUCAGAAAAGUGGACAAAGACCAUGGAAGAUGAAAAAAAUAAAUGGUUCAAAGCAAAAGAUAAAGAAUUGAAAAUUUUGAAAAAAGCUUUAGAAUACAAAUUCUCUACUGUUGAUCCUACUCUGCGUAAACGUCGUGAAAGCGCUAUUUCUGGAAAACCUGCAAUGGAACCAAUUGUAGUGAAAGAAGCUGAUGCUGAUGAUCAUAUUAGAGAAAUAGCCCAAGACCCCAGAGCUGCAAACUUCGAAAAAGGAAAAAGGAUAUAUAGGCAUCCAUCGGAAUUUGCUAAACAAGCACAAAGGACCUAUUCACCACAGCAAAAAAAAAUUAUAAAAUCCAAACUUCCAGAAAAAGACGAAAUAAUCCAAAAUGAAGAAAUGCAAAGACCCGAAAUGGGAAUGCCUGAUAUGAAAAAACACCCAAAGGGAAAACCCGAAAUGAGAAGGGUCCCAAUGGAAAAACACGAAAUGAAAAAAGUCCCAGUGAAAAGGGAAGAAUUGCAUCCCGAAGAUAUAUACGACGAAGAAGAACACCCAGAAGGAAUAAUGCAACAAGAAAAGGACUACGAAGAAGAAGAUCACCCAAAACACGCCCACCAAAAAGGUGUCCACCCAGAACAAGCUCACCAAAAAGGUGUCCACCCAGAACAAGCUCACCAAAGAGGUGUCCACCCAGAACAAGCCCACCAAAGAGGUGUCCACCCAGAACAAGCUCACCAAAGAAGUGUCCACCCAGAACAAGUUCACCAAAGAGGUGUCCACCCAGAACAAGCCCACCAAAAAGGUGUUCACCCAAAACACGCCCAUCAAAAAGGUGUCCACCCAAAACACGCCCAUCAAAAAGGUGUCCACCCAGAACAAGCUCACCAAAGAGGUGUCCACCCAGAACAAGCUCAUCAAAAAGGUGUUCACCCAAAACACGCCCAUCAAAGAGGUGUCCACCCAGAACAAGCUCAUCAAAAAGGUGUUCACCCAGAAGAAAUGCAACAGUUGGCAAAAAUGCUCCAGCAACAAAAUGUUGGGCAAAGAGGUGCAGAAGCUCAUUUUCCUACUAACCCCCCAUCUGCAAAUGUAGGACACCACCCCAAUGUAGGUCCUCCUCAUUUUCACGCUGAAGGCCCCGAACGUAGGGAAAAUAUUGCCCAUAAAUAUAAUCAAGGUGCGAUGGAAGAUUGGAAAAAAGCAAUGAAAAAUAAAAAGUUAAAAGAAGAAAAAAAAAGUUCUAAAACCUUUGGAUUUUUAUUUUCUAAAAAAUCAGCAAAAGACGCAGAAAAAUCCAAGAUGUUAGAUGACAGAGAUAAAAUGUUUAAACAAUGGGAUAAAGUCGUGGAAUAUAAACUUGCUACUGCUGCCAAAGAUGAUCCAAAACUAAAAGCAAAUUUAGAAAUGCUUAAAAGAGCACAACAAAUGCAAGAUCCAAGAAAUAGAAGAGUACAACCUAAUAUAAAUGAAAAAUUCGAUGAAUGGAGAAAAGAAUUAAACGAAGAAGAAGAAGAAGAAGAAGAAGAAGAAGAAGAGGAAGAAGAAGAAGAAGAAGAAGAAGAAGAAGAAGAAGAACAACAACAACAAGAACAACAACAACAACAAUCAGAAGAUGAGCCACUGCCACAUGAAGAGCGACAGCCACGUGAAGAGCGACCGCCACAUGAAGAGCGACAGCCACGUGAAGAGCAACAGCCACAUGAAGAGCGACAGCCACAAGUAGAGCUACAGCCACAAGUGGAGCCACAACCGCAACAAGAGCCAACACCUCAACAAGAGCCACAACCACUACAACCACAAACACUACAGCCACUGCUACUACAACCACUGCUACUACAACACCAGCCACAGCUACUACAACACCAGCCACAGCUACUGCAACACCAGCCACAGCUACUGCAACAACAAACACGGCUAUUGCAACAACAAACACAGCUACUACAACAACAAACACAGCUACUACAACAACAACCACAGCUACUACAACAACAAACACAACUCCUACAACAGCAACCACAUCUAUUACAACAACAAGCAGAGCUAUUACAACAACAAACACAGCUACUAAAACCGCAAGCGCAGCUACUACAAGCACAGCUACGACAAUCACAGCUACUACAAGCACAGCUACUACAAGCACAAACACAGCUAGAACCGCUAGCACAGCUGGAACCUCUACCACAGCUAGAACCUCUACAAAAACAAGAACCACAGCCACAACAAGAACCUCAGCCACAACAAGAACCACAAGCACAACAAGAGCAACAACCACAAGCACAACAAGAGCAACAACCACAAGCACAACAAGAGCAACAACCACAAGCACAACAAGAGCAACAACCACAAGCACAACAAGAGCAACAACAACAAGCACAGCAAGAGCAAGAACCACAAGCACAACAAGAGCAACAACCACAAGCACAACAAGAGCCACAACCACAAGCACAACAAGUCCCACAACCACAGCAAGAACCACAAUCACAGCAAGAGCCACAACCACAGCAAGGGCCACAACCACAAACGAAACCACAAUCAAAAGUGAAACAACAGUCAAAAGUGAAACAACAAUCAAAAGUGAAACAACAACCACAAUCCAAAGCGAAACAACAACCACAAUCCAAAGCGAAACAACAACCACAAUCCAAAGCGAAACAACAACCACAAUCCAAAGCGAAACAACAACCACAAUCCAAAGCGAAACAACAAGCACAAUCCAAAGCGAAACAACAAGCACAAUCUAAAGUGAAACAACAAGCACAAUCUAAAGUGAAACAACAAUCACAAUCUAAAGUGAAACAACAACCACAAGUAAAGCCACAAUCCCAACUGCAACCAGAAAUGGAACCUGAAAUGCGACCAGAAAUGGAACCUGAAAUGCGACCAGAAAUGGAACCAGAAAUGCGACCAGAAAUGGAACCAAAAGCGCAACCAAAAAUGGAACCAGAAAUGGAACCAGAAAUGCCACCAGAAAUGGAACCAAAAGCGCAACCAAAAAUGGAACCAGAAAUGGAACCAGAAAUGCGACCAGAAAUUCGACCAGAAAUUCGACCAGAAAUGCGACCAGAAAUUCGACCAGAAAUGAGACCAGAAAUGGAACCAGAAAUGCGACCAGAAAUGGAACCCGAAAUGCGACCAGAAAUGGAACCAAAAGUGCAACAAAAAAUGCAACUAGAAAUGCAACCAGAAAUGCAACGAGAACUAGAGUCACAACCACCACCACAAAUGAGACCACAGAUGCGACCACAGAUAAAACAACAGAUGAAACCACAGAUAAAACAACAGAUGAAACCGCAAUUGCGACCACAACCGCGACCACAUCCGCAACAAGAACUACAGCCAGGGGCACAACCAGAAGAACAACUAGAGGAACAACCAGACCUACAAUUAGAGCUACAGUCAGAGGCACAACCAAAACCACAACAACCACAAAUGCGACUAAAGCCACAAUUGAGAUCAAAAGUGCAAAUGCGACCACAUCCACAAAUGAAAGCACAUCCACAAAUAAAACCAAAUCCACAAAUGAAACCAAAUCCACAAAUGAAACCACAUCCACAAAUGAAACCAAAUCCACAAAUGAAACCAAAUCCACAAAUGAAACCAAAUCCACAAAUGAAACCAAAUCCACAAAUGAAACCACAACCACAACUACAACCAGAACUAGAAUCAGAAUUGGAAUACGAAUUUAUGCAAGAACAAGAACUAGAACCACAACAUGAAGAAGAACGACGUGAAGAACGACAUGAAGAAUAUCCUGAAGGACGACGUGAAGAACAUCCUGAAGGACGACGUGAAGAACAUCCUGAAGGACGACAUGAAGAACAUCCUGAAGGACGACAUGAAGAACAUCCUGAAGGACGACAUGAAGAACAUCCUGAAGGACGACAUGAAGAACAUCCUGAAGAACGACAUGAAGAACAUCCUGAACCACAACCACAAUAUAAGAAAAUGUCAAAAGAAAUUAGAAAACUCAAGCACAAACCUCCCGUCGCAACAGCUGAAAAUGAUAAAGCUGAUAAUGCACUGCAACCAAAGCCAAAGAAGAAAAAUGGUCCAUGGGUUGUUGUUGUCAAAGGACAACCGAGGAAGCUUAAGCUAGUAUCAACCAAUCAUAAAGGUUCAGGUAAAUUAUUUAAAGUAGUAAAAAAUGAACAAAUUAAGAAAGAUCCUCAAGACGAACAAAAGAAAUACCCUACUCCAAAUGAUCCAGUAAACAUGCAACCAAAGAAAGAGGAAGAAAUGAUAGAAACCGAAUCAGUUUUAGGUGGUGAACAAAUGGAAACCGAAUCAGUUGUAGAUGGAGAACAAAUUACUAAGAAAACUCCGCAAUCUAUGGCAAAUAAACCAACUGCUAAACCUCUCAUAAAAUUGCAAACAAAGAAUGUUCCAAAAACAGUGGAAAGUGAAGAAUAUUCAGAUUCUGAAAAACUGAAGAAAAACCCACCACAAGGUGCAGGAAAGAAAUUCGCUAACUCAAAAGCUCCCCUAAAGGUGCAACAAAGCAUGGGAGAAGAAAAUUUGGAUGUCGAAUCAGUGCUAAGUGGCGGAGAGGUAACCGAAACUGAAUCAGUGGUAACAGAAGAAAAAUCGCUAAUCCCAGCAUUUAAACAUUUUGAAAAAACUAAUAAAAAUCCACGAGAUUCAUCAAAGAAACUAACUACUACAAUUCUCGUAAAAGUGCAAUCAAAGAGUGAUAAAGAAAAUUUUGAUGGCGAAUCAGUGCUUAGCGGAGGAGAAGUAACCGAAACCGAAUCAGUGGUAACAAAUGAAAAAACGAAAAUCCCAACAUUUGCAUAUUCUGCAAAAGCUAGGAAAGCUACUCAAGCUAAAGAAAAGAAAUCACCUAGUUCUAUUUUUUCCGAUAAAGAUAAACCAAAGAAAGAUGGAGAAAAAUUGGAAACCAAAUCAUCAGUACUCAGUGGAGGAGAAGUAACCGAAACCGAAUCUGUAGUAGGAGGUGAAAUACCGAAAAUCCCAACAUUUGCAUAUUCUGCAAAAGCUAGGAAAGCUACUCAAGCUAAAGAAAAGAAAUCACCUAGUUCUAUUUUUUCCGAUAAAGAUAAACCAAAGAAAGAUGGAGAAAAAUUGGAAACCAAAUCAUCAGUACUCAGUGGAGGAGAAGUAACCGAAACCGAAUCUGUAGUAGGAGGUGAAAUACCGAAAAUCCCAACAUUUGCAUAUUCUGCAAAAGCUAGGAAAGCUACUCAAGCUAAAGAAACGAAAUCAGAUUCUUCAAAAAUUGCCGAUAAAGAUAAACCAUUGGAAGGUGACGCCAAAACUGAAGCUAAACCAUUAGAAGGUGACGCCAAAACUGAAGCUAAACCAUUAGAAGGCGAAGCAAAAACCGAAACCAAACCAUUGGAAGGUGACGCUAAAGACGAAACUAAACCAUUAGAAGGUGACGCUAAAGACGAAACUAAACCAUUAGAAGGUGACGCUAAAACUGAAACCAAACCAUUAGAAGGUGACGCUAAAGACGAAACUAAACCAUUGGAAGGUGACGCUAAAGACGAAACCAAACCAUUAGAAGGUGAAGAAAAAACCGAAACCAAACCAUUGGAAGGUGACGCUAAAGACGAAACCAAACCACUAGAAGGUGAAGAAAAAACCGAAACCAAACCAUUGGAAGGUGACGCUAAAGCCGAAACCAAACCAUUGGAAGGUGACGCUAAAACUGAAAGUAUAUUCAGUACUUGGAAAUAUUAUACCAUUCCAGAACCAAAGAAAGAUGAAGAAAAAACCGAAACCAAACCAUUAGAAGGUGAAGAAAAAACCGAAACCAAACCAUUGGAAGGUGACGCUAAAGACGAAACCAAACCAUUGGAAGGUGACGCUAAGGACGAAACUAAACCAUUAGAAGGUGAAGCAAAAGCCGAAACCAAACCAUUGGAAGGUGACGCUAAAGACGAAACUAAACCAUUAGAAGGUGAAGCAAAAGCCGAAACCAAACCAUUGGAAGGUGACGCUAAAGACGAAACCAAACCAUUAGAAGGUGAAGCAAAAGCCGAAACCAAACCAUUGGAAGGUGACGCUAAAGACGAAACCAAACCAUUAGAAGGUGAAGCAAAAGCCGAAACCAAACCAUUAGAAGGUGAAGAAAAAACCGAAACCAAAUCAGUUGCAGAUGGCGAAAAAUUGGAAACCGAAUCAGUGGCAGGUGGCGAAAAGCCUGAAAGCCCAUUAUGCGAUGAUGACCAAAAAAGCACAGCAUCCAAUUUGAUAGAUGGUGAGAAAAAAGACAAUAUGAUAGAUAACAAAGAUAGUGACUCCAAAGAAGCAUUAAAAGAAAAAGAAAACGCAUCAGAAGUGGGAACUGAAAGCCAGUUGCAGGUUUAUAGUGGAGGGGAGAGUGUAGGAACACAAGGUGAAGAAGGAAGCGUGUACUAUUACAGUGGAGAAGGAGACGGUGAUGAAGGAAGCGUGUACUAUUGCUAUGAAGAUGGCACGGAAGGAGGAGAAGGUGAAGAAGGAAGCGUGUACUAUUACCAUGAAGGCACGGAAGGAGGAGAAGGUGAAGAAGGAAGCGUAUACUAUAUUAAGGAGGAUGGAGACGAUGGAGAAGGAAGCGUGUACUAUUACCAAGAAGGCACGGAAGGAGGAGAAGGUGAAGAAGAAAGCGUAUACUAUCCUAAUCAAGAAGGUAUGGUAGAAGACAUUGAAAGACAAAUGCACAAUUUGGCUGAAGAGGGUAUGUCAAUUAUAGAUCACAAUGAUGAAGAUAUGAAAAUUGAGCAUGCAAACAAAUUGCCACGAAGAAGAGAACCCGAUGAUGCGUAUAAAGUCGAUAAAAAAAAACUUAACCUUGCAGAUUACAAAGAAUGGCUGGGUAAAAAGGAAUACCCUUUAAUAAAAAAAAUAGUAGAUAUUUGGAGUAAGAUUGUGAAUUGCAGAGUUAUGAUUUGGUAUAAAUAUUUUAGAGGUGAUAAGGAAGAACAAGGAAUGCCCAUAAAUCCUGAAUGGCAGAAUUGGAUGCAGGACUUGAAGAAUGAAUGGUCACGCUACAAUGCCUACAUACACAAGGAAAGAAAUAAAUGGUUCCAAAAAAAGGAAGAAGAGUUCCAUAAAUUUAUAGAAGACUUCCAAUUUAAAUGGAUGCAUUACAACAAAGAAUUGCUAGAAGAUCACUCUUUCGAUGUUUACAAAAAAUCACUAAAAUGGCAAGAUUCCAAAUGGAUUAAAUGGAUUGAAAAGGAUGGAGAAUCUAUCAUGAUGAUGGAUAUGGAAAAAUGGAUAGACAAAGUUAAAAGCGAAUACGAUUUAUGGCUAUUGAAAGAUUGGGAACAAUGGAAAACUAACAAAAUUAUGGAUUGGUUAUUGAGUGAAAAGAAAUGUGAUCAAUAUCAGUACUGGCUAAAAUGGGAAUAUUCAAAUGAAAAAACAUCACUUAGAAAAGAAAGAAUCGACUGGUACAAAUGGAAGAAGAUUAGACAAAGUGAAGCUAAAGAGUGGCAAAAAUGGGUUCGUGAAAAAGAUCAGGCAUUAUUAGAAGUUAAGAAUGCAAUAUGGCUAAAUUGGAAAGAGGACAAAAAAAACAUCUUUUUCUCUAUGCUCCACCACUUUAUUAACAACUGGAUAGCCAAGAAGCAAUGGAAUGUGUGGGCACGCGACAUACACAGGGAACUGUCAGAAACUUGA